AUGGAGCCAAACCCAAUUCCAGACACCGCCCCUGCUGUUUCGCUGGAUCAGGAAAGGGACCAGCCACCCGCAUCUGACCAGGGACCUGCCAAUAUUCCCAACAUUCCCAGUAUUCUUCCCAGUAUUCCCAAUGACCAAGAGAUGCCCGAACCUACCGAGACCAUUGUGCCCGACCCAAUAGCAACCACGCACAGCAGUACUGAUGUCGAAGACCCGGCCCAUCAGGCUGCAUACUCGACCGAUUUCACAUCGUCACAAACCUACUUUCCUGCUGAAGAUGAGCCGCAGUCGUCCCGAUUAAGCUCGCCGACAAUGUCCCACCAACCACAUCCACCACAGUCGCUUUCACGACCGAGUUCCGGGUUGUCAAACGGAGACCGAUAUGGAUAUACGUCGCAGUCAGAGCAAACCCAAACUCAAAAACAGCCUACGCAGUCGUCAAAGAACAGUGUGGUGAUCAAGGUUGGGAUGGUUGGCGACGCGCAAAUAGGAAAGACAAGUUUGAUGGUCAAGUAUGUUGAAGGAAGCUGGGACGAGGAUUACAUCCAGACUCUAGGCGUCAAUUUUAUGGAAAAAACAAUCUCAAUUCGAAACACGGAAAUCACCUUCUCAAUCUGGGACCUGGGUGGACAGCGCGAGUUUGUCAAUAUGCUCCCUCUAGUUUGCAAUGACGCGGUUGCUAUUCUGUUCAUGUUUGAUCUCACACGGAAGAGCACAUUGAACUCGAUCAAGGAAUGGUACCGUCAGGGUCGUGGGUUCAACAAGACGGCGAUUCCCUUUCUCAUUGGCACAAAAUACGACCAUUUCGUCAACUUUCCCCGAGAAGACCAAGAAGAGAUCUCUCUACAGGCCAAACGAUAUGCCAAGGCUAUGAGGGCCAGUCUGAUCUUCAGUAGUACCAGCCAUAGUAUCAACGUCCAAAAGAUCUUCAAAAUCGUCCUGAGCAAGGCAUUCGACCUCAAGUGCACUAUUCCCGAGAUUGAAAACAUAGGGGAGCCAUUGCUGUUAUACAAGUCUGUGUAG